GCCAUGAGCAGGAAACUUGUUGUGAGCAGAGCUCGUAGGCUACAGUUCUAGUGAAGGAACCGUGAUUUUUUUUCUCAUUGAUCGUCUGUUUAAACGCAUGUAGUUAAUUACAAAUUCUGUUCGACCACAAAUAUUCGGAAAAGACACGAAGGCCUACUGUAUCUAAACGCAAAGAAGUACGACCAUGAAAAAAGCAACACAGGUGUUUGUAAGUUAGGCUACAAAUUGUAACCCACUAUUUGCCCAAGACACGAUUCUUCAUCGCCGAAGACUUUUUCCUAACACAACUAAAGGAUGUAGGCUGAUGUAAAGACAAGUGGGUGUUGUAUGCUGGCAACAAAAUAGUUUUUUUAUGAAAUAUAUUUCAUAGGGAUGCAAACCACUGGAUCAUCGACUCCAUUGUUGAUUUGGGCACCUUUGUUAGACCAACGCCGACAUUUUUUUUAAUGAUGGGCAAUAAAUAAGCUUUCUGCCACGGAAGACACUCCCAGUUCUGGGAUGAGGCGACUGAGAAGCCGACGGCCGGUGGAAGACGUCUAGUUACCAUGCCAACUCGAAACGGCUCAGCUGUUUGCGAGGAAGAAUGGUGUUCGCCACUGCCAUCACCCACGAUGCACAUGCUUUGGAGUCGAACGCCACCUUUCCCAGACUGGUCGGUUUAGGGGUGCUGAACUCCUCCCAGCCCUCUGUGGAAGGCCACUGGAAGAUGGAGAUGGAGGAACUCUCUGCGGAGAACAGCUCGGUGGGCUACCGGCUCUUCUCCGAUCCGACGACAAAUCCCACAUCCCCCACGCCGCCGGACGGCGAGCCGCUGCAACCCCUCGCCAUGCCCCUGCAGGUCUUCUUCUGCAUCGCCAUCAUCACCAUCCUGCUGGUGGCCUUCCUGGGCAACGCGGUGGUGUGUGUGAUGGUCUACCAGCGAGCCGCCAUGCGCUCGGCCAUCAACAUCCUGCUGGCCAGCCUGGCGUUCGCCGACAUGAUGCUGGCCGUGCUCAACAUGCCCUUCGCCCUGGUCACCGCCGUCACCACCGGCUGGAUCUUCGGCGACGCCUUCUGCCGGGUGUCGGCCAUGUUCUUCUGGCUCUUUGUCAUGGAGGGCGUGGCCAUCCUGCUCAUCAUCAGCGUCGACCGCUUCCUCAUCAUCGUGCAGAAGCAGGACAGGCUGACGCCGCGCCGGGCCAAGAUCCUGGUGGGCGUCUCGUGGAGCCUGUCGCUCUGCUUCGCCUUCCCGCUGGCCGUCGGGCAGCCGUCCCUGCAGGUGCCCCCCCGGGCCCCCCAGUGCGUGUUUGGCUACACGGGCGAGCCGGGCUACCACGCCUACGUGGUGCUCAUCACGCUGGUCUUCUUCUUCGUGCCCUUCCUGGUCAUGCUCUACACCUUCAUGGGCAUCCUGGGCACCAUCCGCCACAACGCCCUGCGCAUCCACAGCCCCGACAGCAUCAGCCUCAGCCAGGCCAGCAAGCUGGGCCUCAUGAGCCUGCAGCGGCCCUUCCAGAUGAACGUGGACAUGAGCUUCAAGACGCGUGCCUUCACCACCAUCCUGGUGCUCUUCUCCGUCUUCACCCUCUGCUGGGCGCCCUUCGCCGCCUACAGCCUGGCAGCCACCUUCAGCAGCCGCUUCUACCGCAGGAGCAGCUUCUUCGAGGUCAGCACGUGGCUGCUGUGGCUGUGCUACCUCAAGUCGGCCCUUAACCCCCUCAUCUACUACUGGCGGAUCAAGAAGUUCCGCGACGCCUGCCUGGACCUGAUGCCCAAGUACUUCAAGUUCCUGCCACAGCUGCCCGGCAACACCAAGAGGCGCAUACGCCCCAGCGCCGUCUACGUUUGCGGGGAGCACCGUUCUGAGCACCGUUCUGUGGUGUGACUGAAGUUAAUUGACUUGAACCUGCAAGCUGAAGCGACUAGCCCUUUUUCUUCUUUUAAAAUGUAUUUUUGGGUCUUUUUGACUUUAUUUAUGACAGGACAGUGAAGGUGGUGACAGGAAGUGAGUGGGGAGAGAGAGACAGGGAAGGGCCGGGGAUGACUCGGGCCGGGAAUCGAACCCGGGUCGGCCACGUGGUAGUCGAUUAUACCGUUUGGCCACGGCAGGGCCCGACUAGCCCUUUUUCUGACUUUUUUUUUUUUAAGAGUGCGUACAUCAUGGGUAAGAGUGAAACCGGUUCCUACCGUCCUUUGCUGUUGCUUUUGGGCUCUUGCCUUGGCGUUAUAUCCCCUCCAUGGAGAAAAAAAGUUCCCCCGCUGUCAUCCUAGGCAGUGUCAUUUUUAGUGGAGGUGAUUCCCCAUUCAGCAUCCCAAUUGCAAAUGAGAUAAGGAGCCGUGCUUCAGCAAGAUGUUGAAUAAUACUUGGAUCGUCCAUGACGCUGAUCCUUGCAUCACAUGGCCGCAAGCAACAGGAAAGGACGGGAGGAUCGAAUUUCAUUUGGACCCAAUGCCUUUGCUAUGUGGAAUUCAGCUUGUAGAUGAUCAUCAAGUGCUUAAUAUUAUUGGUUGAACAACCAGACCAUUUUGUUGCCAUUGAUUAAUUGCUAUUAUGUUUUGUUCAGUGAAACACUAGGCAGGAUGCUGCUACAUCUGGUGACGUGCAAUUUCAGUGUACUGUACAGUUAUAUUGAAUGUAAUGAAAAUGUGAAUAUUUGUUACAUUGUUCAUAUUGUUUUUGUUUUUAUUUUGGGGGGGGAUUCUACAAUGCAGCUUUAGUCACAUACCUUUUUUUAAAUGAUGUGGGUCAGUAAACAAUAUAUUUGGAAUACUUUGUCGUUAAAUGAAGUCAGUCUGCUUUUUCAGACUGUUGAUUCUGAUUGUUGAUACUGUGAAGAAGAAUGACAAGUGAAGUGUGUGCGUGUGUGUUUGUGUACAUGUACUGUACAUAACAUGGAAAAAAGGACCAUUUUCAUAACUUGUGUGCAAGUUUCAGACAUGUACUGUUUUGUCAAACUAUUUUACAUACUGUAGGUGAAUUCCAGCAUCUGUUACAGACGGGUGUCAUCUUACUGUACUUGCAGGUAUAUGUCUGCUAAUGUAGGCUGUUUUAUAUAUAUAUAUAUAUAAAUCUAAUGGGAGGGAAAUAGUGAUUGAGGGACUUUUUUCCACAGUGCUUUGACAAUUAGUGAUUUGCCUCUGAGGACUCAGCCUCCUCCUCUGAGUAUUUGCACAGGAAUAAUGUACGUGUUGUGUGUGUGCUGUUGUUGACCCUCUAAUGCCACAUUGAAAAGGGUAAAUCCAUUACUUCUGGAGUAAUGACAUCCGAUUGUACUCUCUGCAGGUUUGAUAUAUUUUUUAAUUGUUCUGUAAUUCUGUAUGAA